GACCCCCGCUUGCAUUCCAGCUGCUAACUGCAAUAGCAGAUUGACUCACUGCAAGUGAAACCGCAGAAGCCGAGCGCUCUGUCUCUCUGAGAACAGACAAAAACCAUGGCCAGUAAAAUCCAGGGUUUGAGUGAGGAGGAGAGGGACCACUUACUCCCCCUGCUACGGAACGCCCAAUGGGUGGAGGUUGUGGGAAGGGACGCCAUCUACAAAGAGUUCAUCUUCAAAGACUUUAACCAGGCCUUUGGCUUCAUGUCCAGGGUGGCACUACAAGCUGAGAAGAUGGACCAUCACCCCGAGUGGUUUAAUGUGUACAACAAGGUCCAAAUCACACUCAGCACACAUGACUGUGGGGGCCUCUCUCAGAGAGACAUCACUUUGGCUACCUUCGUUGACCAAGCAUCGGUCCUCUAAACAACUCGUGGCCUGCUGCCAUUUCAGUUGAUAAUUUCAAUGGUUGAAUCCAGAGCAGAGCCUGUCUAUUAAUCGGUCUCCAUACAUUCAUUCAGAUGACUAACCUUUAACAGGAACAGGAAAUUACAUCACAGAAUCCCAAUUAAUAUUUAAUGUUUACAGGUCACUUUUAAUUCCCAAACAUUUUGCUGGUGUGGUGUUUGUUGCUAGACUGAUGAAGCCAAAUAUACCUUUAAAAAAUUGCUUUGGUGGAAAGUGGAUUUAUUAGCAACCAGUGAUUAGCCAGUAAAAAUACCAUAGAUACUGUAUAUCAAACAUUCCCCUGUCCCCAACUGAGCAGAAUCAGGUAAUGUAAAAUCAAGUGUCUAAUGUACAUAUUACUCUAGCUUGGACUCUAAACUUUUGAAAUCAGUUUGUUCAUUCCAACAUAUUUGCUAUAUAAAACACUGACUUUGUUGUCGGUCUGUCUA